UUCAACUUCUCUGGAACUUGUAUCGGCUCAAGAUGAAGCAGCGAUUCUCGUCAUUGGACGUGCGAGUCAUUGCUCACGAGCUCAACAACAGCUUGACCUCCCUUCGCCUGGCCAAUGUCUACGAUCUAUCAUCCCGCAUCUUCCUUCUCAAAUUCCACAAGCCGGAGCAGCGCCAACAGCUGAUCGUCGACUCUGGAUUCCGCUGUCACUUGUCCAACUAUUCUCGCGCCACUGCCACCGCUCCUUCGCCCUUUGUAUCGCGACUCCGCAAGUAUCUCCGGACUCGGCGAUGUACAGGUGUCAGGCAGAUCGGCACCGAUCGAGUCAUCGAGCUCACCUUUGGCCACGCUGAUGGCGUCUACCGGCUGUUUCUGGAAUUCUACGCUGGCGGCAACGUCAUCCUUACUGACAACGAGUACACCACACUGGCUCUGCUGAGGAGUGUCAGCGAGGGCGCGGAGCAUGAGCAAUAUCGUGCGGGCUUGAAAUACAAUUUGUCGCUAAGGCAGAAUGCGGACGGAAUUCCAGAUUUGACGAAAGAAUGGCUGAAGGAAGCUCUGCAGAAGACGGCGCAGAAGCAAGCAGAGCAGGCCAGCAAGCCGGGCAAGAAGAUCAAGAAGAAGGCAGGGGAUGCGCUGAGAAAGGCAUUGGCUGUGACUACAACUCAAUUCCCGCCUGUACUACUCGAUCAUGCUAUCCAUGUGUCGAAGGUUGAUCGUGAGCUAGAGCCGCAGCUGGUUGUGGACAGUGAUGAGCUGCUCGAUCAAGUGAUGCAAGCUCUGAAAGUUGCUGAAAGUGUCAUCCAAGAUAUCACGAGCCAGCCUGUGGCGAAAGGCUACAUUCUCGCUCAAAGAAAGACCCCGGCGCAGGAGAAAGAGGGUGACGAUAAUGCAGACAGCACGAGAGGCCUUAUGUAUGAGGAUUUUCAUCCCUUCAAGCCAGCUCAGCUUGUCGAAGAUCCUUCCAACGUCUUCCUUGAGCACGAUGGUUUCAAUGCAGCUGUAGACGAAUUUUUCUCCUCGAUCGAAGGUCAGAAGUUGGAGUCGAAAUUGGCUGAGAAGGAGGAGAAUGCGAAGCAGCGGAUAGAACAUGCGAAGAAGGAGCAAGAGCAGCGUAUCAAUGGCCUUCAGCAGACGGCUGAGUUGCAUGUGCGCAGAGCUCAGGCCAUUGAAGCCAAUGUGGAACGGGUCGAAGAGGCUGCAGCGGCAGUGAACGGUCUGAUAGCUCAAGGAAUGGACUGGGAGGACAUCGGACGUUUGAUCGAACAGGAACAGAAGAGGCACAAUCCUGUUGCUGAGCUGAUCAAGCUACCUCUAAAACUGCAUGAGAAUACCAUGACGCUGCUGCUUUCCGAGCUGGGCGCGGAAGACGAGGACGACGAUGCCGAUGAGACUGACAGCGAGCUUUCCGAUAGUGAAGACGAGGGCAAGAAGGAGACGGUAUCUAAAUCUGAGGACAAGAGACUCACUAUCGACAUUGAUCUCGCUCAAUCCGCGUGGGUGAAUGCACGACAAUACUACGACCAGAAGCGCACGGCAGCUGUCAAGCAGGAGAAGACCAUACAAGCAUCCAAGAAGGCCAUCAAGUCAACAGAGCAAAAAGUCCAGGCGCAGCUCAAGAAAGACCUCAAGCAAGAAAAGGAUGUGCUGAGGCCUGUACGGAAGCAGUUCUGGUUUGAAAAGUUCGUUUGGUUCGUGUCCUCAGACGGCUAUCUUGUGCUUGCCGGAAAAGAUGCCCAGCAGAACGAGAUUCUAUACCGACGCUAUCUGAAGAAGGGUGAUGUCUACAUUCAUGCUGACCUCGACGGCGCUGCAAGUGUCAUCGUCAAGAACAAGCUGAGUCCGGAAGACCCAAUUCCACCUUCUACCCUGGCGCAAGCAGGCGAUCUUGCAGUGUGCACAUCAAGCGCCUGGGACAGCAAGGCUGUCAUGUCUGCUUGGUGGGUCAACGCCGAUCAAGUCUCGAAGACUGCCCCAACGGGAGAAUAUCUCGCUUCUGGAGGCUUUGUGGUUCGUGGCAAGAAGAACUUCCUGCCUCCUGCCAAGCUGCUACUGGGCUUCGGUGUCACGUUUCAAAUUAGCGAGGACAGCAAAGCACAACACGUCAAACAUCGCCUGGAGCUGCCUCGUCAGAACAGCUAUCUAGCGACGCCUGAGUUGACAGAAGCCGAGACUGCUGCGGAUUCUUCUGCUGCAGGCGGCUCAGCCUCUGACGAUGACGACUUUCCAGAUGCCGCAGCACCCGAGCCUAGAAUUGAGGAGGAUGAUGACGACGAGUUCCCGGAUGUUUCUCAUAACGGCAACGACAGCUCAGAUGACGAGACUCACAACGAACAGCGGAGACGAACGUACGGUGCGCAUGACGAAGACGACGAAGAGGAUGAAGAGCGCGAGCAGGGAGCACGCGCACAUGCUGGUAAUCCUCUGCAAUCCGGAGGGCCAAGUCUUGCGCCUGAUACAACUCAAAAGCAAUCUGAUGCGGGAAGCGACAGCGAUGGAGAUGAAUCGGAGACCGACCCUAGCAAAGAUGAUGUGGCCGGACCACAGGUAUCACGAGGGCCAGACCAGGACGUGGCCGCUUCGAUCAACGAAGAGGGAGCUUCGUCUGAGAAGGAAGAUGAAGCGUCGGAGCCACAACUGUCCAAUAAGCAGCGCAAGGAAUUGGCGAGGAUCCAGAAAGGCAAGCCUGCGCAACCUUCUCUCCCCAGUCAGAAGCCUAUGCGUGGGCAAAGGGGAAAGAAGAAGAAGAUCGCCACCAAAUACGCUAAUCAAGAUGAGGAAGAUCGCGCUCUGGCCAUGCAGAUCCUCGGCAGCAAAGCGGCUGAUGAACGGCGAGCAGCAGAAGCUGCAACCAGCGCAAAGAAAAAGGAGACCGAGGAAGAAGCUCGGGCGCGACGAAAGGCCCAGCAUGAACGAGCACAGCAGAAAGGUCUCGAAGCCGAGGAGAUGAGGAAGCUUAAUCUUGACGAAGGCAUCGAAGACGAUGCUGGUGUUGAAGCUGAGACUGCGGGACUUCUUGAGUCUCUCAUUGGACAACCUCUGCCUGGGGAUGAACUACUAGAAGCCAUUCCCACUGUUGCUCCUUGGGCUGCACUGGCACGGUACAAGUACAAGGUGAAAAUGCAACCUGGCCAGCAAAAGAAGGGAAAAGCUACGCGGGAAAUUCUGACCAAAUGGUCGAGAGAUGCUGCUGAUGAGAGGAAGCUCGACCGUAGCUCGAAGGACACGGAGAGAAUUUGGCCCCGGGAGGCCGAGCUCGUGAAAGGCUGGAGGGAAGCUGAGGUUAUUGGCAUCAUUCCCGUGAAGAGCGUGAGGGUCAUGAUGUCGAACGCCGCGGAUGCAGGAAAGAGUAAAGGCGGGCCUGCGAGAGGUGGGAAGGGUGGACGUGGUGGCAAGGGGAGUAAGAAGAGGUGAGGUCACGACCUCCACAUCACUUCAACGCCAGAUAUGACACCAGAAAACAUGAAUUCCAACCUUGACCCAAGG